AUGCGAGAUCUUCGGUACAAUUUCUACAUUCUGAAUCUAUUUACACACGAGAUGAUCGAUCUACCUGAUGUGGACCGAAAGUCGUCUGAUGGUGUUAAUAUACGAUCCCCAGUGUUAUGGAUUGACGAGAAAACCAAAGAUUACGUUGUUUCAUGGGGAUUUGCAAGAAGUUGUGUGGUUUAUUCCAAGAAAGGAGAUAACUUGUGGAAGCAAAUCCCCAAAACUUCACAUUGUAUUGACUUGGUUUACAAGGAUCACAAGCUUUACUUCCUAAGCUACUCUGGUAGGGUAAAAAUCUUCGACUUUUCUGGAGAGAUCCCGCGAGAAACCUUUGAAUGCAGUGUUAUUCUGAGUGGAAUGGAGUUACCUCGUCGUUGUCGUCGACUACCUAAUUCAUGGUGCGUUUCUGAGACAAAACUUGUAGUCACAGUAACUGGAGAUAUCCUCAAGGUUGAAAAGUGGUUUAGACCUAGGUCUGGAAUCUGGUCUUUCCGUCUCUACAAGUUUUAUUCAUCAGGUUUCUACAAGAAACCUGAGCAACUUGACUCUUUGGGCGAUGAGGCAAUGCUUUUUGAUAAAAGGCAUCCCUGUGCUUGUCAAUGGCUUGGAGGGAGUCGAGAGAAAUGCCAUCUAUUUCACUAG